CUCUCUCUCGUCCGCUCCGCUUCUUCCACUCCCAUGGCUUCUUUAGCCUCGUCUCUCGCGCUCUCUCCAUCGCCGGCUAAACUCCGUCCUCCUCUUCCUUCUCUAGGGUUCCUCUCCUCCGUUGCGAUCUCCGCAUGCCGAUCCUUCCAGCCAUCUCCCAGGGCCUGGAUCUCCCGGCGGACGCUCUCGAUUCGAGCGCUGACGCUGGAUUUCUUGGGUUCUUUUUUCGAGGGAGGAGGGGAUGAGGAGGGUGGUGGCCCCUCGGCGUUCUCCGCCGCUGCUCCUCUUGGGGACAAGGAGGAGCCGCAAUGCCCUCCGGGUCUUCGCCGGUAUGAGACCAUGGCCGUGCUGCGCCCCGACAUGACCGAGGACGAACGCCUUGCCCUUAUUCAACGAUACGAAGAGUUGCUCGUCGCAGGUGGUGGGUUGUAUGUGGAAGUGUUUAACCGAGGAGUGAUCCCACUCGCAUACAGCAUAAAGAAAAAGAACAAGGCAGGGGAGAGCAACACAUACUUGGAUGGCAUAUACCUUCUCUUCACCUAUUUCACCAAACCUGAAUCCAUGGCUCUUCUCGAGUCGAGGCUCAAGACGGACGAUGAUGUUAUCAGGUCAGCGAGCUUUAAGAUACGUAAGCGGAAGUAUUAGAAUCUCAUCUCAUCAGGCUUUGUCGUAUGACAUGCUUAUCAUCCUUGACACUGAUCACCUUGUUAACAUAGGAAUUGGUUGAUGAAUUCUUCUUCUGUUUUGUGAGAUUGUCCCUUAUGAUUUUCCAACUGUGCCUUUGCUUUAGCGAUCUCUUCCCAACAUGUAGCUCGUUUCUUGGCCUUGGUGUUAA